GUUCCAAGAUGCGUGGUUUUGCUCCGCGCUAGCUCUGCCGCUUGUCUUUUGGCUCCCGACAUCCCCGUCACCUCUGAAUCUCACCUUCUUUUUUUUUCGUGAUUGCACUUCUACUUGUACAGCAGCGAUAUUUUCCUCCACCCAAAAGUGGCCAUGCAUUACAGCCGCUGACCAGUGCAGCUGAGACUGAAGCACCUUUACCCAAACUCGACGAUAAUACCGACGAAACAUGCGCAAGCAUCCCAGCUGACGCGACAAGCGAAGUCAGCCCAGACCCUGUCUCGAGAGAGGCUGACGUUGAGACGCCAAUUGAAAACCCCACGGUCGAAGAAGAGCAGACCGAAGACGCCGCGGCCGAUCCAAUCGUUCUUCAAGAUAUUUCCGAACAAAUCGACGAUGAUGUUGUAGUUGCCAACGUAGCGCUAGCUGAAGCCGAGCCCGACUCUGCACCAGACAUGCCGGCCAAAAAGGUGCCGGAAGUGGUCCAUGAGGACGUUGGGCCCGAUGAGGAGCCACAGCAUUCGGAGGUUUCCAGCGGAGCCAGCACAGGACCAGAGCCGGAUGAUGAACCAGUAGAAGAGCAGGGAUCCGAUGCGGGGAGCGAAUCUGGGUCAGAGUCCGAAGAUGAUGACUGGUCUGGAUCUGAAGUGUCUGCCGCACCUUCUGCCUCUGAAGUUCCCCAGGCCGACGACGCGCCUGACUCAGCACCCGCUGAAGAUGAAACAACGAAUGCCGAAGAGGCUCCGCCGAGUGAAGUCGCUGAUGUCACUGCUGCUGAGCCUGAAGAGCCGGAGGAAGAUCAGUCAAUCCAUGACGACGAUGCCGGUUCCGAUGACGAUGCUGCUUCCGGGCUCUCCUCGAAUUCCCAAGAAGAGCCAGAGAGUUCUAUGGUAGUCGACGAUGCUGCCGAGCCCGACGAGCCAGAAGCUUCUGAGAGUCCAGAGUCGCCUGCCGAAUCGGCCGCGGUCACAGAAGCGCAUCCAGGUCUAUCACUCGAAGUUAAUGUCGCAACUUCUGAAAUCGUCCCUGAGGCAGAGUCUCCAGCAUCAGAGGUCGAAGAUCCGUCUGAUCCUGCGCUCGAAGCAGUCAAGGAGGAGCAAGGAGAUGACGGGAACGAUGCCAGUGCUAUCACUCAAGAAGACUCUGCGAACGACGAUUCACUAGUUUCGUCACAAGACUCUGCUGAGCCUGAAGAGGAGACCGCAGCAGCUACCGAAGUGUCUGAGCCGGCAGAUGCACCCCAACCAGGAGAGGAAGUUCCCCAGGAAGAUGAGGGUGACGAUGCUUCUCAAGUCAGCGAAUCUGGCAGCGAGAGCGAGGCUGGAGAGUCCGUUGCACCGCCGGAAGACCCUGCUGAGGCCGAUGACGACGCUGCACCAACCACAGUUGACGGAGAGGAGCUAGACACCGGCGCACCGCCUGCUGAAGACCCAUCAACCGACGGGGUCGAGAACCAGGCAUCUGAAGUGGGCGAUGUAUCCGUGGCUGAGGAAGAGGCGGAACAACCCGCUGAACCAGAGACAGCUGAAGCAGUCACAGAAGAGCCGGAGCCGGAAGCGGAAGCGGAAGCUGUUGAGCAAGAUGCGGAGGCAGCUGCAGAUGAGCCAGACGAGUCGCCGGCUGAGGAGGCUGCCGAUCCAGAGGAAUCGGUGGCGACGCCAGAUGAAGCCGUCGAUGAGGGACCAAAUGCAGCCGAGGAAAACGAAUCUGCUGCGGCUGACGCCGAUCCUUCACUCGUUGAAGAGACUGAAGAAGUUCUGCCAGAACCGCCUGCUGAAGAGUCACCAGAGCCACUUAGUGAGGAUGGUCAUUCCAGCGACGGAUCUGGAGCUACAGGGGACGCAGAUGAGCCAUCAGUGGUUGAGGCCAGCGAAGCAAACGCCGACGGUGCUGAAAAUGCUCCACCUGCAUCAGAGUCAGCCCCGGAAGAAGACACACCACCGGAAGAGGCUGCUGUGGAGGUGGAAGAAGCGCCCGCUGAAGCCGCUGAGCCAGUAGUAACGGGCAGUGAUGCUGAAGAAGCUGCGGCCGACGAAUCAGCGGAGGAAGCAAACGAUGGCGAAGAGCCGACGCCGUCGCCUGAUGUCGAGCUUGAAGAAGAACAGGUACAGGCACCAUCUGAGGCCCCCGAAGAAGAACAGCUAGAACCCGAUUCAACAGCUGCUGUUGAAGAGCCCGAGCCACCAGUUGAACCUGUUCCUGAGGAAGCUGAAGAACCGGCUGAGGCGGCCCCAGAGCCAACGCAGGAACCCGAGGAACCCGCUCCAGUAGCGGCGGAUACAGCCGCCGAAGAAACCUUGGAAGACCAUGAUGCGGAGGAGUCGGUACCAGCCCCCGAAAUGGAGGUUGAAGAGGUCGUAGCCGAGGUGGCCAAUGAAGAGAGUCCCGAACCCCAGCAGGCUGAUGACGAUGCACCGGCAGACCGGUCCCUCGACGUUGAUGAAAUUCCAAGCGCACCUUCACCCCUACCGUCCGUAGCUGCUGUUGCUGCUGCCGGUAUUGUUGGUGCCGCUGCUGCUGCUGUAUUGGUCGACCAAACCGCCGAUGACCGUGCGGUCAGGGACCGCGAUUUUGCAAUCGAGGACGAACCUUCAGCCGAUACGCCCAGUCGUGAGAGGACUCAUCGCCGACAUUCGCACUCCCGUCGUGAAAGCCAGCACCGACCGAGCCGCAGACGCGAAAGUGGUGCUAGUAUCAGGGAGCGACCAAUAAUGCCAACGACGGCCGUUCCCGAUGCGCCAAGGACGAGGCGUCGCGACAGCAUGACAGAGCGCGAAGCGGCCGAGCGUAGAAGGGUAAAACUACGCGAGGCCGAGAUAGCCAGUAGUGGUAGCGACAUACAAAAGGCGUACCCGGAUCCAUACCGCUCACACUACCGGGAACCCAGGGGUGAAGAGAGAUACAGCAAGCGUCGCCCAGUGGAGGAGGUUGACGAAGAAGCUGAUAGACAGAAGCGACGCGAAGCUCGGCGGGCUGAGAGAGCUGAGAAAGAGCGACUUGCCGCCGCAGACGCUGCCCGCUUAAAGGCAGAAGAGGAGGCGAGAAAGUUGGAGCAUCGUGAGAGACGUCGAGCAGUCAGGCGUGCCGAAGAGGAGCUCAUGAGGGCCAUGGAGGAACGCAAGAAGCUCAAAGAAGAGCAGAAGCUCGCUCAGGAAGAAGAGGAACGUCGUCUUCGACAUGAGAAGAGGCGGCAAAGACACGAGGCUGAGAAAGAGGCCAAGCGCCUAGAGCAGGAGAAGAUUGAGCAGGCUGCACGCGAAGAAGAGGAGGCUCGGAAACUACGACGUCAGAAACGGGCGGAGCGGGAGGCAGCCAAAGCAGCUGGCUUACUGAAACCAAAAGAAGAGCUUGUUGAUGUCUCUCGCGAUGCUGCUCGCCGAGCAGCAGAGGAAGACGACGAUGGCGCUUCUCCUCCACCCCCGCUGCCACCCGUAGUCGAUGACACUCCUCCUCGUAGUGCGCCGCGCAGGCGUUUGAGUACCCGAGAGACUCCACCGAACGUGAAGCGUGGUAGUCUCUUCGGUGGCAUCUUUGGUCGCUCAAAGCCCGAAGCGACGCCGCCGGCUGCGAAAUUGUCAAGAUCGUCUCGUGCGCGCGCCAACACGCUAGAGGCUACACCCGUAAAGUCAUCGCGAAGAGAACCGGAGAUGGAACGACCUUCGAGCCGAGACAUGUCAUCGGACCAGAGCCGAGAGCGUCCAGAACGUAUGCACCGCAGUCGGCGUCUUUCACACAGCCAACGUCGCUUUGCAUCUGCCGAGGAGGAAGCCGAUUACUACAGGUGGAAAGAGGAGCGUCGCUUUAUGCGUCGCCCUGAACACGAAAUGUCUGGUGGACGAGAUGGAGGGGUCUCUCUCCCACCGCCGCCACCACCGCCUGAGGAUCUACCUCCACCACCACCAGAGCCUUUCGAAUACGAGCCAGAGCCAGAACCGAUCGAGACGAUUGAAUCACCAGUGAUCGAGGACGCAGCUGCGGUUGUCGGUGAAAUCUCCAUCUCAGACGAGGAAAGACGCGAGCGUCGCCGAAGCAGGCGGAUGUCCAAGCCGGAAGAACGCCCCAAGACACGCCGCAUAUCCGUCGUUGAGAAAGAGAGGCCAUCUGGUGGUCGUCGAGUAGAGUCAGAUCGACCCCGUGCACGAGACCAUGGCGAAGACCGUCCCAGGCCCCGGCGCGGCGAGACCGACCGGCGCGACAGGAGGAAGAAGAAGGAAGAGUCCAGUGGUCUCAAGGGACUAUUUGGAGGCUUGAAGAGGAGGAUUACUUGAGUUUGGAGUACAACAGAAACACACAUUUACACAUUCGGGAAGGGUCCACACGGGCAACACUGGCGUUUUGGCUUGGGUGAAUUGUUCUAUACCAUUGACGGAUCUCCUACUACAUUUUAAUCACUGAGGUGUUUGGAGUUGGGUUUCAGCAUAAGAUGGGUGGGCAUCUGUACUUGUAGGGCUGCAUGUUCUUGUUUCUUUAGAUCGGUGAUGAGGGCUCGCGAGAGUCAGGUAGUAUAUAGCUUCCGCUUCGGCGGUGACACGAUAUGAAUGAUGAUUCGUUAGUACGA